AUGGGUUUCUGGGGCUACAUGACCUACACCUCCAACACAUCCCAAAACUGGCGCUUUGGCUUCAACUACACCGACUGGUCCAUCAAGAAUUGCCCCCUUCUGACCGUUAGAAAUGAACUACUCACCCUCUUAAAAAGGUCUUAUAAGAGGAGGUGUUUAAGUACGACCCGCCAGACGACACCACAUUACCUCACGGUGUUUACAGGGGUGUUCAAGUACGACCAGCCAAACGACACCACAUUCCCACACAGUAUUUACCUGCUGGGCGAUUUCCAGAGUUUCCAAAACUGUGAUCUGAGGAGAGCCAAGAAGAUUGGGGAUGUGAACGAGGGCGGAGGCGACGGCUUCCGGUUCGUGUUGAAGAGGUGGCACGACGGCAUCCACUGCAAAGUUGGGCUUAUGAAAUUCGCAGUCUGGCCCUUGAUCCGCUCCUUCUAUUGA